CGCACCUAACGUGCGACACGUUCCUCGAAUCAUGUAUCUAGGAGGGGAGAGACAGCACGGUUAAUUUUAUGUGUUGCUCGAGAUCAAGUUCGUACUUGCCAUUCCCAGCCCUAAGCCUGCAUGAUUUUGGCGGUUGCACAAGGUGUUCGACACACGAUCUACAUCAAGUUGCCACGGCUCCCAAAGAAGCGAUACAAUGACAGAAUUGGCUCCUGUGCUUUUCUUGUCGCAUGGUACAACCAUGCUUCUUGGGGAGGACUCCAGGGUUCGUGACUAUUGGAGGAAGCUGGGAAAGGAUGCAUUGCGCCACGGAGUCAAAGGUAUCAUAAUCAUGGGGGCACACUGGAAUGCAGAGGGCGAGAAAGUCAAAGUUGCUACGAAUCCAAAGCCAACAUUCAUGCCGCUCGCCAACACCGAUCGGAAGCAUUGGGCGGACUGGAAACCCAACCCUGACCUUGAGACGUCGCGAUGCGUGAUAAAAGUGCUCAAUGACGCUGGUAUCGACGCCGAGGAGGACUCGAAGUUCGAAUGGAUGAUUGACACCUUCCCGGUUCUGAUCGGCAUGUUUGGCGAUAAAUGCCCCCCAACUACAGUAAUUUCGCAAAACGCCUAUUUCGACCCGUUCUUUCACAUUCGGAUCGGCACUGCACUACGCUCGCUGCGUAAGGAGAAAUACCUCCUCAUUGGCUCUGGAGGUGGGACACACAAUCUCUACCGAGCAGAGUGGAAGUUCAUGCUUCAGUACAAAGACAACUUCGCAAUGGAGCGUCCUCCAGAUGAGGACAGCUUAGAGUUCCGGCAAUCUCUUGAAGACGUCAUCUGCAGGAAUGGUGGAGGUCCAGAGUUAAGGCGUGGCCUUGCUCGGUUGAUGAAGAAUCCGUAUUUCCGUGAGGCACACGGUACUGAUGAGCAUUACGUCUCUGCCUGCUUUGUUGCUGGUGCUAUCGGAGAUCCCGAGGACCGCAACGCAAAAGCUUCGCUUGGAGCCGAGGCUUGGGAGCUCCGAACUCAAUGCGAAUCACAGUUCAGCCUUGGGCAAUGGCCAGAGGCGUGGGUGAGGACGGCUUUCAGUAAAUAGGCCGGGGGAUGUGCUCUAGCUGCUUGCACUUUGUCGCCCAGAUCCCACAGAUCUUGAUGCGAAAGGAACGGUCGAAUUACUAGAACUUCAUAGGACCGUCGCUUGUUCACUCCUCAUUUGCCGGAUGUGUCUCAAUAGUGUUCCAAAUUCGCCCACUAGAUCCCGAUCACUGUUCGACUAGCUAAUGUCGAUCGUGCCAUUGCCGGUCCCCCACAUGUUCGAC